GCCGAAUCACCAAAUCCUCCUCCAUCCGAUUCAUUUUUGGGAUCAGUUUUGGGAGUUUUGGGAUUUCAAACAAACUCCGAUCCUGAAAAUGCUCGCCGCCGACGAUGCGCGGCCGUCGCGUCCGCCGUUGCUGCUUCCGUCCCCGUCGGCCAGCGUGGCUCCCAGCGAGCGUAGUCGCCAUUCGCGCAAAGUAACGCGCGAUAUUGCAGCAUUAGAUUUCCUGCAAAACAUCCCCAUGCACUCCGAGACCGUCGCCGCUGCCGCUGCUGAGCCGCCGGCCCCGUCGGAAGUGAACGCGGAGACGUCUACGGCAGACGGUGUCAGCUCCGCUGCACACACUACAGGGACAGGAGCAGUUGGAGGGCCCGAACCGGAGCCGCUGGCCGGACGAAGACUCCCGGGGAUGGAAGCCACGAUCGUCCAUGUGCCGCCACUAUUCCGCCACCGGUUCACAACCAAAUUCCCGGCGGCGUCGGCCGUCGUACGACGCUGGGAGGGCGUCACAGCUCAACAAGGACUACUAGACUCCCGGCUGUUUUUCUCCAGAGGCUGCGGGUAUCCGUUGGCCACGUCCACCAUCAUUAAUUAUAAUGGCAACGAGACGACAGCCAGAAGGAGGCGCUUUGCGUCGAUCAGUGGCCUGGCACUCGAGCGACCAUCGCCGACUCACUACGACUGGCGAGGGACGUCCUACUUCCGCUUACUUCACGCCACCUGGUCGGCCUGCGACCCGGAUCGAGAUCGGGAAGACGCGCACCCGGAGCGAGUUCCAUUCUCUGCCAACUUCCUGGACGAUCCGGAGUUCCGACAGGGUCGUCAUCGACACGUAGUGCGAGGCGACAAAAGUCUCGGCCCCAUUGUGUCCAGCAUUUUGCUGUUCGUGAAACCCCACGACCUCAAGGACGAAUUGAACCAGAAAUUCCAAGAGAAACACGCCUGGUGGCUGCAGGAUCCGUCGCUGUCGUUGAGUAAACUCCGACAUCUCAAGCGAGAGGCACUGAUGUGUAGCCAGCGUCUGAACCUCGAGGUCGCGACCGUGGCUCUUGCCUGUGUGCUCUUCGAGAAGCUCGUACUGCAGCACUACGUCACCAAAGCCAAUCGCAAGCUCUACAUGGCUGUGUGCUUCCUCUUGGCUGUCAAGUUCAACGAACCCUGCGCAUCCGACGAGCGAAAACGUGUCAUCCGGCUGCUUCUGGAAGAUAUCGACCGAGCGCACGCGUUACCAUCGCGUGACGUUCUCACAGCAGAGUUCACAGUCUACGCGCAACUUUCCUUCAAUCUUCACGUCCCGAUCGCUGAGGUUCAUCCGCAUUUUGUUCGACUACUAAAACUCAUUGAGAGUAACCCACGCAAAUAUCUGGACGACGACAUCUUCACGUCUUACUCGGCGUUGUUGGCGAUGGAGGAACAGGCGGAGAACCUUGGUAUGGUGUUAUCGGAUCCGUUAGAUGGCUUUGAUGAGACCACAGACGGCGAGGCGAGACUGAGUGACGAAGAAGACGACGCUAGUGAAAAAGACGGCGAACAAAGAGGAAGGAAGCGGAAAAACUCUGGAGAACGAGGCAAAGGCAGCUCUGGGGAUCCAUCCAUGUUUCCUUGGCACAAUGUAUCAUUCACACAAUGGUGGAGAAAGCGACGCAGUCCACGAGAGCGGCAUGAAUCAGCAUCUACUGCCAUUUGAGACUGGAAUCAUCUAUUACGUUUAUGCUAUUGUGUCCCAAUUACUCGAAGCCAAGUAGAAUGUUUUCCGUGCCUUCUCCAUAGACUCGCACACGCUCGAAGAGGACGUCAAUGAUCUCUGCACGGACAUUUGGAGGGAUUGUUGAUGCCAUUUCAGGGUCCAGAGGUAAAACAAUUCCUAGGCGAAUCGCCUUCCUGCUAUCCUGGAGGAACGUCUGCAUCUCGGUCCAAGUAACAUACACAGUCUGCUGCUGUUGCUCCGUGUCGCUGUUGAACACUUCGACUCGGAAGAGCUGCUGUCUAGGGACAAGGAAGAUGGAAAUGAAGAAGGAAACGUAAUGGAUCGACCGAACUCCCUGGUACCACAGCUCCUGAUUGUGCAGGGAGGAACCUGGUGCCGUUGCAGGAGCCUGGAUAACUGAUUCAAUCACUGUUUCGUGCGUAGCUCGGACGUCUUGUUCAAGUUCUCCAGAGGUCUCGGCAAUUGCCUCAUCACGAGCUCUCCAUUCGUUGAUUCGACGAGCGGCAGUCGAGUGUCGCUGUCCUGUUUCUCGCUCGAGAUCAUUCACAAAGCGUUCUUUGUGAGCGUUUCCUCCUCCUCUGGGUCGUUCUGGUCGCAUGGGCAUCGGGGCACUGGGUAUCGUUGCAGUUUUCAAGACGCGAGGCGUUUGAGGCGACACGAGUGUGGAACGUGGGGAGGGAGUGUACAACUUGCUUGAUGGCGGUCGGAAUUGGGGAAGCACACUCUGCUGCUGGAUCUGCUGCUCCAGCUUCUCAAGUUUUAGUCUCAAAGUCUUGCGUUCUUCUUGAAGACUCUCCACAGUGGCGGCCUGUGCAAUCUCCACUUCUUUGCGUUCCUCAAGCAGCUUCCGGUAGUAUUCCUCAUUCAGCCGGAACUUACACGCCAUAUUUUCUCGGGCUUCUCGUUCACGCGUGGCUUCCAACUCGAGCGCCAACAGUUUCUCUUGAUCGGGAGUGAAGCCUCCGUUGACCGCUGCAGUCUUCAGUUUGUCAUACACUCGUGUAAGCGCCUUCUCCACUUGCUCCUGUCGAGUGAGCAACUGAAUCUCAGCGAAACUCAUGAACUCCCGAUGGAAACAGAGUGCCAGAUCGAUGGCGCAUUCCUUGUCGGCUGUGGCUCGUGUGACUGCAUCGGCCAUCCAUUUGGCAUACGGCGCGUUAGUGAAAGGAGGUGGAGCGUGGUCAUCGUCCAUCGUGAUCUGCUCUAACGACUGCACCAAGAACUCUUUCAACGCCUUCAGCUCCUUGACACAAGCUAAUACUGACUGAGUGACGUCUGUCGAUACUUCGAACCUGUUCCCUGGUGCGCUGAGGAUGUCGGUCGACAACCGAAUGGCCUUGUAAACGAUAUUGAUCGCUGUCGUAUCUCGCUUCGCAAAUUUCUCGAGCAAUUGCGCUCUGGUCUGUGCAGCUGUAAUCGAUGGAGAAGCAGACGAAUCCGACGUAUUUGUCGUCUGUUUACGAACUUCAUUCUCGGCAUGCGCAUACGUUGCGAACUCUAGUUGUUGAGCCUGUUUGUGGAGUUCAUCGGCUAAUCGUUUUUCGUGCAGCUUGGUCACUUCUUCCAGCGCUUCUGCGUGGGUAGCUGUUGCCAGUGCAAGCGCAUCGUCACGAGCUUUCGAGAUCUCUUUCAAGACACGAGCAUAAUCUUCUGCAGUCUGAUUCAUAACAUCUUCGUGGUAUCGGAUUAAACUUCGCCGCUUCUCCUCUUCUUCUAGCAACAUGUGAUCCCAUUCUUGUUGGGAAGCAUAGGCGGAUUCCUGCCACCACAUCGAGGACGCUUCCAACCGCUCAAUUCUCGCUGUUAGGGAGGCAAUUUUACACUCGUCAUCCGUGAUUUGCUGAUAUAAUUGCUGCUCCAUGUUUUCUUUCAUCUGCUGAGUCGAUUCGCGAACUUGUGAUUCAUUUUGCAAGAACUUUUGAUAGAUCAUCAGUCUGAACGACGAAGCGAAUGGAGUGGUGAGGUUUGCAGUGUCAUCAGUCAAUUCACCACUGCAGUGAAGUUGGUUUUCAGCUAGAAAUCGCAGUUCUUCCUUCAGUUCGGUACUCAGAUCAGCGAGCUGUUUCCGUGCUUUGAUGUAUUCCUCAUAUAUCUCCAUGGGAUUCUCAAAGCUGGGUACUCCAUGGGAAGCAAGAAACGCUUUCUCGCUCUCGAGUGCCACCUCACGCUCCAUUUUUUCUUCUAUCAGAGUGUUUUGCCCUGCGAGAAGUGUCUGGUAGACAGCAAGCCGCGAUUUAUGAGGCUCUUGGAGGUCGAAACCGAACUUGUUUUCCUGUAAGAAUUCGUUCUCUUGAGUUAGAUCCUCUUCGUGUUGGUGAAGUUGUGCAAGCGUUUGAACUAGACGUUGGAACAGUUCCAGCCGAACUGCAGAAAGCUCUGGAAUAGUUGGCAUGGAGGCAUCACUGACAGCUUCGAGACUUGGAGGGAAUAGCUUGUUAGCUCGCAAAAAAUCGAGCUCUCGUGCCGCACAACUCUCAGCCGUUCGCUUGUCAUCAAGUAAGAGCGACAUUUUGUCAUGAAGCUGCUGGUAAACUUCAAUCCGACAAAAGGCUCCAUCUCCAACGU